AUGGCAGAAAUUGUAAAUAUCUUUUACCAACCUUUUGAAUUGUGUCUGAUAUUGACUUCUGCUCUCUUCUUUUGUAUGGCGGACAUUAAAUAUGGGUUCUCGACGUUGCAAUAUGGACACAAACUGGACAGAAGGAUGAUAACGUCGUAUCAUAAAUACAGUAUUCUGGACUGUGUGGAGGAUUGUCUGAGAACAACACGAUGUCGGUCCAUUAACUACUGCCAAGGAGCCCACUUCUGUCAAACCAACUUUGAGAACAGGACAACUGUACCUGAUCUGUAUAUAGAGAAGUCUGGCCGGAUAUACAGCGAUAUAGAAGAUUGGGACAAGGUCAUUGCUGGAGCGUGUUCUAUGUCAAGUUGUUCCAUGAAUCAAAAGUGCAUUUCAAAACCUUUUGAACAGUUCACCUGUGUCCUUUCAGAUUGCGGUAUACCUACAAACAAAAGUUUCUCGAUGGAAAUUGUAAAAGAAUGGGAUGCCAUUGGUUUAGAAAGAGGUAUUCAUAUCACAUGCUCUACCGGAUACAAACAACAAGGUUCUGGGAGUUUUGUCUGUCGUCGUGAUGGAUCUUGGAAGACAAAUUUGAGUUGCACUAUGAAAAAUAUAAUGGGGUGUUUUGAAAACGAUUACACACACGAUGUUCUAGAAUUUGGACGAUAUGCAAUUAACCCAAAUGGUGAAGAUGAGUGUGGAGACUUUUGUUUAAACCAACAUCAGAACAACUUUAAAUAUUACGGCCUGCAGGUUUGUAUAGUCUUAGGAAAUAUAGUCUGA